UUGCAGAUGUAGAUUGGUCGACAAUCUUUAUGCUAGAUACCCAAUAAUCAGAACUGCUGCUUGGUGCCCUUUGGUCGUUGAAUCCCUCAUUUGUGUCCGGGUCCGGUUCUAAUGUUCCAUCCAUAUCAACGAAGUUCUGUUCGACGUUCGCCAAUCAGUGCCCUCAACAGUGCAAGCGUUAAAGGAAACUCUGUCGUCGGUGGUCAACCUCCGUCUUCCACCGGAACUUUCCGUCCCGAUAAUUCAUUUUCAGCAAGUCGAUCCGGUUAUGGCCACACGACACCGCAGACCGAUGACAUUUUUGGGGAGUUUAGCUCCUAUAUGAGCCGAAGGGAAUUAUUGAGGUCGGAAGGACGCAAGGAGCAAUUUGGGGCAAGCAUGGCGUCGCGCGCGUCCUCCCCAUUCAAGCGAAGCACCACAAGCACCGGCACCGCAGCAUCUCUUGACCUUUACACAGAUCCCGAAUUACUCAAGGCGCGAAAGGAGAUAAGGGAAUUGAAAGAAACGCGGCGAAAGUUAAUUGACGAAAAGGCCAACCUUGAGCGAAAGGUACACGAUUUGGAAAAUAGCAACAAUGAAAAGGAAGCCAAACUUCAAGCGACCGUACUUCGUGUUGAUCAACUAGAAGCGGACCGUCAGUUUCUGCUCAAUCGAAGCAAAGACCUGGACAAUCGAUUAGAAGCAGCAGAAGAACAUGCGAUCACUGCAAAGAAAGAAGCCGAGUUAUCUCAAAGUGCACUGCGUCGCGAACUUACAGAGUUGCAGGAAAAAUUCUCUUUGGCGAGACGGGAAGCCAAUGGACAGCUCCGCUUCAAAGAACAAGAAACAGAGUCCCUUGAGAUAGAAUGUGAUACUCUAUCCCAGCAAUUAGCUGAUUGUGAGAAGGAGCUGAGAAAACAGAUUGCAAUGGUCAAGUUGGGAAGAGAACAAUUAAGCCAAAUGGAGCGGAAAUACACUGAAGCAGAGAGUCUUAUCAUGAAACUGAAAUCUAAUGGGAAUGCCCAGGACGAAAUGGCGGUUCUGAAAAGAACACUAGAUGAACAAAUUGCACACGGCAAGUCACUCGAAGGACGACUUCAAGAACUAACGCAACAAAAUCGGUAUCUUCGUGACAUGCAAGAAAACACGGAACGGCUCAAAGAUGAGAAACAGGCACUACAAGAACAAUUAUCACGAAUGCAUCGAUUGCGUGGACGAGUGGAUGAACUGGAAGUUGAAAUCUCCCAAUUGCGAAGCGAAAAGGCUCGCUGGACCAAAUUCCUGGACGAAAAAGACGAGACCGGGAUUGAUUCUCCGUAUGCGCUCAGCAGAGCACUAGCGCAACAGCGCUUCGAACUGGCAGUCAUAAAAGAAAGAUUGGGCGAAGAAGAAGCGAAACGGACAGGACGGGAGAACUAUAUUUUACGCUUGGAGAAUGAGCUUCAGGAAUGGAUGCAAAAAGCCAAGGAAGCAGAAGAUAAACGGCAGGCGGAUGCAAAGACAUUAAAGCGCGUAGAGCGAGGGCGUGUCUUGGCACAAAAGGAAGUGGAGUUUCUGCGUAGCCAGCUCAAGAGCUACGAUGUGGAGGAAGAGCAUCUCAUGAGUCAGAGUUACGAUCAACAAAAGGCGCGGCGCAUUUCACAACUUGAAGAAAUGGUUGCCGAGUAUCGACAGGAAGUGGUCAAGUUGGAAGAAGAACUGCGACAGCCCCAAACUCUUCCAAGCCCAAUGUCAAACACACGUGUUGUGGGGAUCUAUUCGCCCGAGGUGACUCAAAGAAUAACAGAGCUAGAAUUCACCAUUGCGCAACUACGUAAAGAAAAUGCCAUGCUACAGAAAGAAGCCGAGUCCUUGGAUAUGCAGGUCGGCGAACUUCAAAGAGCCUUGGGUCGAGGAGAGUACGAUCCUGCAACAACCCGAAUAUUACAACUGGCCGAUAAUCCUGAAACCCGAGAAGCAGCCAUCCGACAAAGUACUCUUGACGCAUUAAGAGAGGAAAAUCGCAAGUUGAUGAGUCGAGUGGUGGAGCUCAAUGGCGCUGUUGGAAAAGCGGGAUCGAGUCUCGGACCUGGAAUGGUCCCAUUAGAGAGUGUACGGAGUUUGGAAGUUGAAUGUAAUCAGCUGAAGCAGGCUGUGGAGGAGAAGGAGAAACGGGUAGCGCGCUUGAAGGAGGUAUAUCAGGCAAAAGCGCAAGAGUAUCGGGAAGCAGUUUAUUCCUUGCUGGGUUACAAACUCGAAAUUGAAAUUGAUGGUCGAGUUCGCCUUACUUCCAUGUACGCUUCCCAAGACCAAGACCCAAGCUUUGUUUUUGCAUCUGGUGAGAGCGAUCAAGGUACAAUGCAAUUGGUGGGUGGUGCGGGAGACGCUGAAAAACGGAUACGAGCUGCUGCGAGUUACUAUGUCGAGCAGAAGGGCAGCGUUCCAGCUCUGCUCGCGGGAGUCACAUUGGAGCUGUUUGAAAAGUCUAGGAUGCAGGUUCAAGAGGCGGGUGGGUGAAUGCGUAUGAGGAUAUGGGACGAAUCCGAAAGGAUUUUGUACAGAUUGCAUUUUUCAAUUUUUUUUUUUUUGGGGGGGGGGGGGUUGUGUUGGAAUUUGUAUACAUUGUUACUUUGAUCAUGGGGAUAUGCAGAUGAUGAGGAUGAGUGAGACUCGAGAGGGUUUGCUCAUCAAAUAGAAGUAAAUAGAUGCAAGUACCGGCUGGCUUUGUCGGAUAAUUUCAAUUCUGCUGUGGGAAGAAUGGCAUGUUCCUCAUGUGGCAAACAAAAAAGCUCGCAUGUGAGACUGUAUGUACAAACUUACAAAUCGAAACAUUUUAUCAUUCUCAUUAUCAAUAAACCUU